AUGAGCGGACUAUCGUCGUCAGGCGACGGAGACCCCAUCACCGAGCGAACUCCUCUUGUGGGGACUUCGGGGGCUUCGGAGAACUCGGGCAUUCAGGGGUCCCCCACACCCGUUUCCACCCCUUCUUGGAAGCCUGGUCAAUCAAGAUCACCUGCGGUUGCUUCCUCUAUCUCGGAUGCUAAUACGGCCUUAUCAUGGAGGUACAGUCCUAGUUUUAUACUAGGUCUAUGCUACUUGAUUGUUCUCGUCGGUUCUCUCGCUGGUGGCUUCCAGCAGAUUCCCAUGACGAGGAUAUAUGAAGACAUUCUCUGUCACUAUUACUACGGCAAGUCGCCCGGUUCCGGCGGACCGAUCGACGAGGCGCUUUGCAAGAAGGAUGUUAUACAGUCCGAGCUAGCAUAUCUGUUUGCCUUCCUAGAGGCUCUCAAUGCAGGCAUCGGAUGUCUUGUUGCCCUUCUUUGGGGCAUCAUUGCCGAUCGGAUAGGCCGCAAACCGGUAUACGCCACCGCUACAAUAGGGAUGAUAUUCCAUGUGCUGAUUAUCAUGGUUGUCGGAUAUUUCCCAGGCACGUUCCCGACUCGAUGGAUUUGGGUAUCAUCUAUAGCGCAUCUUUUAGGGGGUCCCUCAGUUAUCGGCGCUUGUACUUACAGUAUAGUGAGCGACAUAGCCCUAGAAUCUAGUAGGUCGAUCGCCUUUAUGAGGAUUCAUGUGGCAAGCCUAUCGGGUAACUUGGUCUCGCCAGCACUAGCCUCCGCCAUGAUGUCCUUAACGGGUCCCUGGCCUGCUAUGUGGCUAACCACCGUGCUAUGGGCCCUAACUGUUGUCCUAAUAACCAUUCUACCGGAAACAUUUCACCGACCCUCACCAUCGGACGACACGGCGCCGGUGCCGGCGCCUACCAUAAAGUUGCGUGUAAUACGAGGCUUCGCCCAGUUGAAAGACACCUUUUCCAUCGUUGGAACGAUUUCCGUUACUCUCGUGCUUUGCAUAUGCCUCUUAUCGAUGCCCGUGGUGAUGUGUACGCUCCAGUUCAUGGCCCAGUAUAUUUCGAAGCAUUACCAGAUCCCCUUAGCCAAAACCGGUUACAUUCAAUCAGUCUUCGGCAUCGCCCACAUCGUCGUGGUUCUGUUGAUCGUCCCAGGUGUAUCCAAGCUAGUCGUCCAACCAACAACACCAAGAUUGUUGCGCGUAGCAAACGAGAAGGACCGCGACUUGAUACUGGCACGAUGGUCCUACUUGAUCUACGCCGUAGGUAGUUUAAUCCUCGGCAUAUCCCCAUCUCUGCCUGUAUUCAUAACGGGACUUGUCAUCAUGUCUCUUGGCUCCGGAUCAGCAAGCUUUAUCAAGAGCAUUGCGACCUCGCACACCGACGUUGAACAUCGGUCUAGGCUGUUCAGCAUCAUGGCGCUCUUGGAUAUAGGCAGUAAUAUCUGGGCAACGCCUGCAUUGGCCGGACUGUUCUCGCUAGGGAUGAAAUUAGGUGGGAUGUGGAUCGGUUUACCAUACCUUGGGGUAUCUAUAUCAUGUAUUAUGAUGUUGAUUUUGGCGUUGUUCGUGCGGGCACCAACUACUGGCGGUGGCAAUUAG